CUCGGAUAUUGCUUCCGGGCCGUAAGCACACACACACACACAUACACACACACUCUCUCUCUCUCUCUAUUCCUCUCAACCCGCAAUAGCAUGGGAAUUAAGGGCCUGACGCGGCUGAUAUCGGACAAUGCGCCUGAGGCCAUCACGUAUAAGAAGAUCGGGGCCUACCAAGGCCGCCGUAUUGCUAUCGACGCCUCGAUGUCCAUCUAUCAGUUCAUGAUUGCGGUUCGUCCGGGCAUGGACGGAAUGAUGCUGACGGAUGCAUCCGGUGCCGAGACAUCGCAUCUUGUGGGCCUGCUGUACCGCACGAUUCGGCUGAUGAUGAUGGGUAUCAAGCCGCUGUACGUGUUUGACGGCAAGCCGCCCGAGAUGAAGUCCGAGGAGCUGGUGAAGCGGCGCGAGGCGCGGGCAAAGGCCGAGGCUGAGCUGCUCAAGGCAACCAAGGCCGACGACGCCGAAGCGAUCGAAAAGUUCUCGAAGCGGACGCUGCGGGUGACCAAGGAGCACAUGGCCGAGUGCCAGCGGCUGCUCACACUCAUGGGCGUGCCGUGGAUUGAGGCGCCGUCCGAGGCUGAGGCCCAGUGCGCGGCGCUGGCCAAGGCUGGAAAGGUCUUUGCUGCCGGCUCGGAAGAUACCGACACACUCACCUUUGGGUCACCGAUUCUGCUGCGCAACUUGACGGCGUCUGCGGCGCGCAAGCUCGACAUCAUGGAGCUGGACCUUGAGCGCGCGCUCCAGGGUCUCGGGCUUACCAUGGCGCAGUUCAUUGACGUCUGCAUCCUGUGUGGCUGCGACUACUGUGACUCGAUCCGCGGCAUCGGCCCGGUCCGCGCCCUGCAGUUCAUUAAGCAGUACGGAUCUAUCGAGGGCAUGCUCGAGAAGAUCGACACGACAAAGUACGUUGUGCCCGACAACUGGAACUUUGCCGUCGCCCGCCGCCUCUUUACGGACCCGGACGUGAUGCCGGCCGACCAGGUCGACCUCAAGGCCAACGCCGAGGCUGGCCUUGACGAGACCGGCCUCAUGCAGUAUCUUGUCGAGGAGAAGGGCUUUGACACCGUCCGCAUCUCCCGCGCGGUCCAGAAGAUCAAGGACAUCCGCAAGAAGGCAAAAGGCUCGCAGACCCACCUCGACUCGUUCUUUGGCCGCCCUACCGUCAUCGUCAACCAGAACCGCAAGCGCAAGGCCAUCGCCGACGCCAAGGCCAAGCGUGCUGGAAAGAAGCGCAAGGGCAACGGCAAGCCGCGUAGGUAGUGCCCCACCGCUUACAUAACACCUACCCGCUCCUCACACA